AAUGGACAGCAACGAGGUGAAAAUAUCUUUAGAGGAUUCCCCCAGCUCAAGGGAAAGUUUCACUAGCACAACCAGUGGUCCAUGUUGCGGUUUACAAAGUGAUUCGGAUGAAUAUAUACAGGUGAAGGAUACGGAUGAAGAGGAAAGGAAAACCACCAGUGAAUUGCAGAAAUCCAAGGGAACAAAAAAGAAAUUUUCCAGCGAUUUAUCUGGAGGGAAUAGCUAUGCUACAAACAAAAACGUGUCUGAGGGCCUCAUGGAUAUAGCUUUGCUUUCUGCAAAUGCCAAUCAGCUUCGCUUCUUGAUCACUUACAACGACAAGUCCUCCACCUACAUAUACAGCAUGGUUAUGGUGAUAACUUCCCUGGCGCUCCAACUAUUAGUUGGCAUAAUGCUAAUCUUCAAGCGACGACUGAAGCGUUUUAAAAACCGAAGUUACGAAAGAACCAACGAUCUGCUGGUGAUGGAAGUUUUCAUGAUCACAGUGAUCAACAUACUGCUAGCGGCCUUCACGACAACCGAUGGAAGAUAAA